GUGUCAGCCCCGAGUCCUUAAGUAUUUGCUGCGCUAUCUUUAUUCGAUUUUCCCAUUUAUUUCCUGACCGUCAAUCCCCCAUGGAUACUAGCUCGCCCCCACCGUCGUCCCCGACGAGGACGUUCAGCAACCCGCCUAACUACAGUUUUCCCCACCACCGGUUAAAUCGCGUUCUACGGAAUCCCGAAAAGCAGCCCAUCGUUCUCGUGGCAUGCGGGUCGUUCAGCCCUGUAACUUAUCUUCACCUGCGAAUGUUCGAGAUGGCGGUGGACUACGUGCGGCAGAACACAGACUUUGAGAUCAUGGGCGGGUACCUCAGUCCAGUCAGUGACAUGUACAAGAAGCCUGGAUUGUUAGCCGCACACCAUCGAGUAACGAUGUGCACGCUUGCUACGGAGCAGACGUCGCAUUGGCUGAUGGUCGACCCAUGGGAAGCCUUCCAAUCGUACCAGCGUACAGCCGUCGUGCUCGACCACUUCGACUACGAAAUCAACACCGUCCUCGGCGGCGUGCAGACACCGGACGGGGAGCACCGCAACGUCAGAGUGAUGCUGCUCGCGGGUUCUGAUCUUAUCAGUACCAUGAGCGAGCCGGGCGUUUGGAGUGAGGAAGAUCUCGAUCACAUUCUCGGGCGGUACGGCUGCUUCAUCAUCGAGCGCGCAGGCUCGGACAUGGACCAGGCGACGGACAAUCUCGCGCGGUGGCGACACAACAUCUAUCUCAUCAGCCAAUUGAUACAGAACGACGUUAGCAGCACCAAGGUGCGAUUAUUCCUGCGGAGAGGUCUGUCUGUACGGUACCUCCUCCCGUCGCCUGUCGUCGAUUAUAUUGAGGAACACGGGCUCUACAAAGACGAAGGCCCGAACGCCUCAAACUCCAAUUACUCGAAGCACCUGCACCACAAGGACGUGGAGAAGGCCAAGGCGGAGGACAAGGACGUUAUCGCAUUGAAGAAGACAUAGGAGGCGCUGUCGCCCCGGGCAUGACGAUAAUUGGAAGAAACAAAAGCGAAGCGUGUACGAUCUAGCUUUGUUGCGCUUAUUUUUAUUAUCUAGAGCCGCGGUCGUCUGUGCACUCUUGGAAGAGGAGAGGAAAACAACAUCAUUAUGCUAGCAUCUAGUACAGGGACUCGAGGAUGGACGAUUUAUCGCAGAUAGUGCGAGUGCUUGGAUGUAGUUAUGUACCUGUAUUAAUAGUAGAAAGGGUGCUUGAGUGCCGCGAAUCCGUGACUCUACGUCUACACUC